AUGUGGCCGGUCAGCCGCCUCCAGUACCAGCCGCAGCAAGGAAGCGCGCCCGACAGGUCCAGAGACUCGGGCGCGUUCUCCCACGGCUUUCCACAGCCUGAUGCUGUCCGCCAGCAAGGUCAUCCAGCCAACUAUACGUACGAGGGCUCCUCGUCUGCGCUGCGCAACCCCAUCGUAUACAGCCAACCUGCCCAACAGCCUUGGGGCAUGGGCGCAAGCUCUUCGGCCGACUACGCCGAGUAUCCUACUGCUUCUUUCAUGACGCCGACGGGUCAGCGAUCCCAACCGCCUAUGAACGGUCAGGGGCCUUACCUCGGCAAUGUCAACGCCGGAUAUGGCGAAUCGUCCCUCGCCUCUGGCAGCGAUCCGUAUCCCAAGGUCAUGAGCGGCUCCUACGAUCCACCUGCAGAGACGUUGUGGCCUCUCGGCCCCAACUCGCUCGAUGCCUUUGCCGGCAUGCCUGCGCCCACCGGUCAAGUUGCACGCCUCACGCUAACGUCGGCUGCGGACAAGAACAGGUUCAAGGCCAGAUCGUCGCUCCCGCCUCCCAAGCAAUUCAAAUGCUCUGCGUGCGACGCGAUCUUCAGUCGCAACCACGAUCUCAAGCGUCACGCACGCAUCCACUUGGCGGUCAAGCCCUUCCCUUGCGGCUACUGCGACAAGGCCUUCAGCCGCAAGGACGCUCUCAAGCGACACGUCCUGGUCAAAGGCUGCGGCAUCGGCAACAAGAAGUCAAGCGACAACCGCAAGCGCGCUGCGACCUUGUCCAAGCUCGAGAACAGCGAGAGCGGGAGCAACAGCCGAGCGCCGUAUGACGGUGCUCCCUCGCGCGACUUUGGCCACUUUCGCAAUGAUCUGCAAUAUCAAGAUGGGCAGCAACAGGGAUUUCAGAGCGAGCCCGGCAGCUCGCGCAGCUUCCCUGGUCGAAUGGAUGCGGCGUGGCCAUCGACCAUGUCGGACGGUUCGAACCCGGGCAUGAAUGCUGAGUACGCCUCGUCGCGUGGGGCCAACAACGACGAGCGCGCACAAGCACCGCAUGGGCUGCAGAUGAGCUCACAGGCUGGACUCGUUCCUUCGUACGGCUCGCAACACCAGUCUCACCCGUACCCGAACUUUGGCAUGAGUGGUGACGAUGGCCUUCAACAGCAGCAGCAGCGAACGCAGCUGGCCGGCGGCCUUGUGAACGCGUUCCCGUCACCUGCAACUACGUCUACCGCGUCGCCUACUGACGUGCAUGCAAAAACUGGGCUGGCAGGCAACGCAGGUGCGCCCGGCAGCAGCGACGGACUGGAGCACAAGCUGGAAGCCAGACCCGUAUCGCGACCUGGAAGUGGCAAGCUUCCGCACGCCGCAGCUUACAAUGCGCAGCCAUUCCCCGUCGCCGGUAGCGGAGACAGCGGAGCAAUGAACGCUCCAGGCUUGGCUGCUGGCGGCUACUCGAUGGCGACCGUGUUGUCGCCCUCGAUGGGAGGUGGCGAUCUGGACGCUGGCAACGCUCACUCGAUGAAGAGGCAACAACAGCAGCAGCAGCAGCAGCAGUUUGGAUCGUACUACCCCGACAGCGCCGCAAACUAA